AUGCUGUCCCGGGUGGUACUUUCUGCCACCACCGCAGCAGCCCCCUCUCUGAAGAACGCGGCCCUUCUUGGUCCAGGGGUAUUGCAGGCAACAAGGAUCUUUCACAAAGGGCAGCCAAGUCUUGCUCCUGUACCACCUCUUCCUGAAUAUGGAGGAAAAGUUCGUUUGGGGCUGAUCCCUGAGGAAUUUUUCCAGUUCAUUAAUCCUAAAACUGGUGUAACAGGACCCUACGUGCUAGGAACUGGGCUUAUCUUAUAUUUACCCUCCAAAGAAACAUAUGUGAUAACUGCAGAGACCUUCUCUGCCAUAUCAACAAUAGGGGUUCUUGCCUAUGUAAUUAAAAAAUAUGGUGCCUCUAUUGGGGAAUUUGCUGAUAAACUCAAUGAGCAAAAAACUGCCCAACUGGAAGAAGUGAAACAGGCUUCCAUCAAACAAAUCCAGGAUGCAGUUGAUCUGCAGAAGUCACAGCAGACACUGGUUCAAAAGCGCCAUUACCUUUUUGAUGUCCAGAGGAAUAACAUUGCCAUGGCCUUGGAGGUUACCUACUGGGAACGGCUGCAUAGUGUAUACAAGGAGGUAAAGAAUCACCUGGACUAUCACAUCUCUGUGCAGAAUAUGAUGCGUCAAAAGGAACAAGGGCACAUGAUAAACUGGGUGGAGAAGAAUGUAGUACAGAGCAUCUCUGCGCAGCAGGAGAAGGAGACAAUUGCCAAGUCCAUUGCAGACCUAAAGCUGCUUGCAAAGAAGGCUCAAGCACAGCCAGUUCUGUAAAUGCAUCUGUCCCAAUUGAGACAGCUAGAAACAGUUGA